UCAAACAAGCAGUGUUGAAUAAUAAAAUUGACAUACUCGGCCCGGUCCAGUCCGGCUGGACCAGUCCGGUCCGGCCCCGGUCUGGUGCGCCGCUGAAAGUACGUCACGCGAGGACACGUGCACACAUUCCCCCUCUCUCUCUCUGCCCGAAUUUCGCGCUCUUCUUGUGGUUUUCUGUUUUCCUCUUCCACUUUAGCCGACUCUUUCUCUUGCCUUUCAACUGCAUGCUGUUGUGAUCCUCAAAUUCGACGGAAAUUCACUGGAAAAAGGAUUGAAAAUCACACAACACACAAUUACUACGUACUAUGAUCAUAAUUUCGCCGCAUAACGGCAAUGCAUGACUAGCGCGCGCGGCAAGAGGUGCAAUAAGAAGAGCUUUUUGGGGUUGAUUGAGGUAUAGAGCUGAAUCAUGGCAACAGGAAGGUACUCGAGGAUUGAUGGCCGGAAAUCAUCCGGCGCUGGAUCGACAGUCACAAUAGUUGUGUUUGUAGCCCUUUGCAUGGUUGGUGUUUGGGUGAUGACAUCGUCAUCUCUACUCAAUGUUCAGAAUUCGAAAGUUUCGGAAGAGAACAAGAGUGAGGUGACAACAGAGGAGACUCAAGGCAAUGUUGAGAAUGACAACAAUGCUAAAGACAGUGAGAGUACUCAAUUGGCGACGGAAGAGAGUCCUAAAGACACCGAGAAUAGUAGCGCUGCAAAGGAAGAUAAUAGUGCUAAAGACAACGAGAAUAGUAGCGUCGCAAAGGAAGAUAAUAGUGCUAAAGAUAGCGAGAAUAGUGGCGUUUCAAAGGAAGAUAAUGGUGCUAAAGACAAUGAGAAUAGUGGUGUUGCAAAGGAAGAUAGUAGUGCUAAAGACAAUGAGAAUAGUAAUGUUGCAACUGAAGAUAAUGCAAAGGAGAAUGAUGGAAAGCAGAAGCAGUUUGAGGAUAGCCAGGGUGACUUGCCCGAGGAUGCAAUUAAAGUUGACAAUAAUGAACGUUCGAAUCAGAUGGAGAAGAAUGAGAAGGGGGGUGAAGGGAUGGAAGCAAGCAGUGAUAAAAUGAAAGGAGCUGGUGUAGGAAACAAAGAGGAAAUGAAAGAUUUGUCGGGGAAUGUAGAGGGAAAGAAAGCUGAUGGUGAAGGACAGGUGGAGAAUAAAGUCUCUUCAAGUUUUGGGGCUGCAGAAAAUGAGAAAAAAUCCGAUGAAAAUUCUGGGCAAAUGGAUGUAAAUAAACAAGGGGAUCAGGCAGAGAAGAUGGAAAGUAAGAAUGAUGGCGGUGAGAAAAAAGCAGAAGAAAAUUCAGUCAAUGAAGCUGUCGAAAAAGUAGAGGCUAAAGUGGAGGGAAUGUUGGAUAACAAGAAUGAUGGUAGUGAGAAAAGAUCGGAAGAAGAUUCAGGUAAAACUGAGAUGAAAGCUCAAGAUGGUCAGGUGGAGGAGAAAGUGGAGAGCAAGACAGAUAACAAUGAGAAAGCUUCGGAAGAAAAAACUACCAAAACAGAUGUAGAUAAACCUGAUGGUCAGGUAGAUGAAAGUUUGAAUAGCAAGAAAGAUGAUAGUGAAAAAAGCUCGAAGGAAAAUUCAGGGAAAACAGAUGUAGAUAAACAAGGGGGUGGGGUUGAGGAAAAGGUGGAUAAUGGGAAGAUAUCUGAGGAAAAUUCAGGCAAAACAGAUGUAGAGGCUGAGAACCCAAAAGAUAAGGAUAAUAAAAAUAUCUAUUCAGAAAAUUCAGGCAAUGCAAAUGAUGUGAAAAAAGAGGAUCAGAAAGAUGCAACAAUGGAGAAAAAGAAAGACGAGAAGCCUGCAGAUCAAGGUUCCAUUGAGAAAAAAGACCAACCAGGUGAAGUGUUUCCAUCAGGAGCUCAGUCAGAGCUUUUGAAGGAGUCGACAACACAAAAUGGAUCAUUUUCAACUCAGGCGACCACGUCGAAAAAUGAAAAGGAAGCUCAAACAUCAUCUACACCAGAGAACAAGAACACUUAUAGUUGGAAACUCUGCAAAACCUAUGCUGGGCCGGAUUACAUUCCAUGCCUAGACAACUUAGCGGCAAUAAAUAAACUUCGAACAACUAAGCACUACGAACACAGGGAGAGGCACUGUCCAGAGAAUCCUCCGACCUGCAUUGUUCCCGUCCCUCAAGGAUAUCAACGCCCCAUUGAAUGGCCUAGUAGCCGGGACAAGAUUUGGUAUCAUAAUGUUCCUCAUACCAAGCUUGCGGAAUAUAAGGGACACCAGAAUUGGGUUAAAGUCAGUGGCGAAUUCCUUACCUUCCCCGGCGGCGGCACUCAAUUUAAGCAUGGUGCUCUUCACUACAUUGACUUCAUACAGGAGUCUGUGCCUGACAUUGCAUGGGGAAAACAAUCCCGAGUUGUUUUGGAUGUUGGCUGCGGCGUUGCUAGCUUUGGAGGUUUUCUAUUCGAUAGAGAUGUGCUGACUAUGUCGCUGGCCCCAAAAGACGAGCACGAGGCUCAGGUUCAAUUUGCACUUGAAAGAGGAAUUCCGGCAAUAUCUGCUGUUAUGGGGACAUCAAGACUUCCGUAUCCUGCAAGAGUCUUCGAUGUUGUGCAUUGUGCACGUUGCAGGGUGCCGUGGCAUAUCGAAGGUGGUAAGCUUCUGUUGGAGCUUAACCGGUUGCUACGUCCGGGUGGCUUCUUCGUCUGGUCUGCGACUCCUGUUUACCAGAAACUACCCGAAGAUGUUGAGAUCUGGGAAGCAAUGAAGAAAUUGACGAAAGCAAUGUGCUGGGAAGUUGUGUCAAUAAUCAAAGAUCAAGUAAACGGAGUAGGAAUCGCGGUGUAUCGCAAGCCUACGACGGAUGAGUGCUACGAAAAAAGGAAGGAAAACAAUCCUCCACUCUGCCCCGACACCGAUGAUCCAAAUGCAGCCUGGAAUGUGCCUCUACAAGCAUGCAUGCACAAAAUCCCCGCCGCUCCGACAGAACGCGGCUCUAAAUGGCCGGAACAGUGGCCCGCACGCGUCGAGAAACCGCCGUAUUGGCUGUCGAGCAGCGAGGUCGGUGUUUACGGCAAACCAGCUCCGGACGACUUUUCCGCGGAUUACCAACACUGGAAACGCGUCGUGAAAAACUCUUACCUGAACGGACUCGGGAUCAAGUGGUCCACCGUGCGAAACGUCAUGGACAUGCGAGCCGUCUACGGAGGGUUGGCAGCCGCCCUGAGAGAACAGAACAUAUGGGUCAUGAACGUGAUCUCGAUCGACGCCGCCGAUACACUCCCGAUCAUCUACGAGCGAGGCCUAUUCGGCAUCUAUCAUGACUGGUGCCAAUCGUUCAGUACUUACCCGAGAACAUACGACCUCCUCCACGCCGACCAUCUCUUCUCAAAGAUUAAACAAAAGUGCAAUUUAAUGGCUUUGGUCGCCGAGACCGACCGGAUUUUAAGACCAGAAGGCAAGAUCAUCGUCCGGGACACAUCUGAGAUUAUCACCGAACUCGAGACGAUAUUCAAAUCCUUGCAAUGGGACGUGCGCAUGACUUACUCGAAGAACAAUGAGGGAAUGCUCGUCGCCAAGAAGACAAUGUGGCGGCCGACGGAGGAGGAGGUGUUGACGUACUCCAUCUCUUGAGUUCUCGCAGGUACGUUUUUUUUUUUAUCGAGGCUUAGUUUCUCUUGCCAAGGUUGAUUUAUGUGAUUCUUUUGAUUAGUUUAGGAUUGCGGUAAGAAAAUACGCACUAGUUUUGGGGUUCGAGUCCUCGUCUUGAGUCGUUUUUUAAUUGAGUUAGUUUUGAUUUUACCUUAGAUAGCCAUUGUAGGAUUAGAAUGGUAGAGCACAAGUGUUAUGCUGCAUUCUUUGGUUUCCAAUUCUUGAAGGUGAUUUAACUGUCUGAAUUUUGUUAUUGUCAAUGAUAACAUAACACCCUGUACUUUUUAAUCUUUGGUU